AAAAUAAGCAGCAUGAAACAGCCAAAACAUUUCGUGUUUACGAGACUGUAAAGACUACAAGUCUUAACACAUUCAAAACUGCAUACCCUAUUAAUCUAAUCUAAUUCUGAGACUGUCUGUGCUACAGAAAGAUGCACAGACUUGUAGACGGAGAAAAUCAAAAGCACAUGUGACCACAACAUUUUUGUGUGCUGUUGAUGGGCGUUCGUUCACGCGGACUGAAAUAAAACUCAUUCCCACCCGGACAGAAACCCCUGAAGCGUGCAUGCUGUCUGACUCGCAUAGUUAGUUCAGUUCUGCACUAUUAUUAUUGGAUUUUGAGGGACGCACGUGACUCUUAUUUCUCUCUUCAGUGGCUCUAGGAAAGAUCUCGAAUAUUGCUGCGUGUUUAUUCUGGAGCGACAUUAAACUUCACACGAACCGUUAUAAAUUGAGUCCUGUUGUGCUUGAAACUUGGCAGCAGACUUUCCUCCAGAUUUCACCAGGGAAAACGGCUUUCUUCUAGUCAUUCGUGUACAAAAAGGUCAAUAUUUCAUCCUGUUCAUCACAUUGCUCAUUGUUUUUGAAACCGUUUCCCACAGGUUGAAGAUGAACAACUGCACCCUUAACAUCACCGACACAGUCCUGAACCUACAAACAGUCACUUCGAUUCCCACCUUCAUCCUCGGGGUCCUGGGAAACAUAUACGUCCUGGUGAUGUUCUGCCGGCGUCGCAGAGCAGACUGGACCUACAUGAACAUCUACAUCACCAAUAUGUCCAUCGCCGACUGCAUUCUGUUGGCGUUCCUUCCCGUUAAGAUCCAUUACUACAACAGGCCACUGGAAGUCGAAUUAACGGCUCUGUGUAAUUGUGUGUUGUCGGUUUAUUACAUCAACAUGUACGUGAGUAUCUUCACCGUCACCGCCAUAAGUGUGGUGCGGUACGUGGCCAUCAAGUAUCCCUUGAAGGCCCGGCAAAUUUUCUCUCGUACGAAUGCACUGGUGAUUUGCGGUCUCAUAUGGUUCACCAUUGGCUGCAUCAGCCCGAUUUACUUCGUGACAGACUCUAGUAACGAUAAAACCAUGUGCUUCCAGAGGGUGAGAGAAGGCCUGUCGUUGCAUUUCGUCCUGGUGUUGAUCAUCGUUGGGUUCCUCUUGCCAUUUAUGAUCAUACUGUUCUGCUCCGUCAGGAUCAUUUACACUCUGCGGAAGCAGCUGAACAUCGGAUCCCGUUCGGAAAAGAUCCAAUGCAUGUUCAUCAUCGCGGCCAACCUCAUUGUGUUUGUCAUAUGCUUCUUCCCCGUCCACUUGGGCUACUUCGUUAAAUACGUCGUGCAAUACGACUACACAAACACAGAGGAUAAAUACAGCUGCAGGGAUAAGCAGCUCGCGCACAACUUCCUGCACAGCACUCUUUGCAUUUCCAGUAUGAACUGCGGUUUGGACUGCUUUAGCUAUUUUUUUGCCACCAAAUCCUCAUGGAAUAUGUGCCGCGCAAACAAAAAUGAGAAAGAAAAACGUGAAAAUAAUUAUGACACGGUUUCAGAUCAAGUCAGGAAGACUUAACUCUUCCCCAGUUUUGACGAAAUUUUCUGGUUUUCUGUGUUUUCGUUGUUAUACGCUAGGGUGCGCUAUUUCGCAUAUUCUGAAAGAGUAAGCAAAAAAGUGAAGAAGAAGCAGAAACAAGCGAUAGAGGCAUUGCUUAAGCACAUGUAAAAUAAUACAUUGUUGAAACCAUGAAGAGGAAAUGAAGCAUUGGAGGUGUUGAUGGACAUCUUCUGCAUCUGUGUUUUGAUCAUCGUUCUGAAUCCCAUCCAGAUGAAGACUUUUCUCAGCUUUUUGCUUAAAAUGAUGCUUUUUUUGUGAAACUUACCCACAUUCAAGUUUUGAUAAAAAAGAAUGCAUGAAGCUAGAAUAAAAUGUUUGUUUGUUUGUUUAAAAGCAUGUUCAGA